UGGAUGAUAGUGUGACUUCACCGGAGCCAGGCUUAAACGGACUCAACAGCGUCAGCCUCCGCGCAGUUAAUAUCGGUAACCGAAGGCGACUGUGCAGCAUUGGUCUUCUGCACAAGCUCCUAAACGGAUUUCACGCGCGAUUAUGGCGUCAAAUGAUUAUGCCCAGCCCUCAAGCCAUGGUUACGGUGGCUAUGGAGGACAGUCCAGCCAGAGUUACAGUCAACCCUCUGGCCAAAAUUACAGCCAGCAGAGUUAUGGGGGAUACAACCAAAACUCAGAGAGCAGCUCCGCUUAUAAUCAGGGUGGAUACAGUUCCAGCUAUGGACAGUCCCAGUCAGGAGGAUUGGGGUCUCCGCCCCCCUCUCAGGGCUAUAAUCAGUCCAGUCAGUCUUACAGCUCUGGAGGCUACAGUAACAGCAGCCAGCCUCCUCCAGCUCAAAGCGGAGGCUACAACCAGCAGUCCUCUUAUUCAGGCUAUAACCAGCAUCAGUCUGCUCCUCCGUCUGCCUCUAGUAACUAUGGCAGCAGCUCGCAGUCAUCUGGCUACGGUCCGCAGCACCAACAGCAGCAGGGUGGGGGUGGAUACGGGGGCAGUGGGGGGCAGUCUGGAGGAUAUGGGGGCAUUGGAGGACAGAGCGGUGGAUACGGGGGUAGUGGGGGUCAACACCAGUCCUCUCAGCUUGGAGGAGGGCCUUACAACCAAUCUCCAAACUACAGCUCUCCUCCAGCUCAAAACUAUGGGCAGCAAAACCAGUACGGACAGGGAGGUUACAAUCAGGAUGCCUCGUCAAUGAGUGGUGGUGGAGGCAGCGGCUAUGGUGGUCAGGAUGGUGGAUAUGGUCAGGAUGGUAGAGGUGGACGUGGUCGCGGAGGUGGAGGUGGCUUUGGAGGUCGAGGAGCGGGUGGUUUUGACAGAGGUGGUCGUGGAGGACCCCGGGGCAGAGGAGGAAUGGGAAUGGGCGAUCGCGGAGGAUUCAAUAAGUUUGGUGGGCCCAGGGAUCAUGGAGCUGGUGGGCCCAAUAUGCAGGACCAGGAUAACUCUGACAACAACACCAUCUUUGUGCAAGGUCUUGGAGACGACUAUACCGUGGAGUCAGUAGCAGAUUUCUUCAAACAGAUCGGCAUCAUCAAGGUCAACAAGAAAACAGGAUUACCCAUGAUAAAUCUGUACACAGACCGAGAGACAGGAAAGCUUAAAGGGGAGGCUACUGUUUCCUUUGAUGACCCUCCUUCUGCAAAAGCAGCCAUUGAUUGGUUUGAUGGUAAAGAUUUUAAUGAAAAUCCUAUCAAGGUGUCCUUCGCUACUCGCAGAGCUGAAUUUGGACGCGGUGGUGGUGCCAUGAGAGGUGGUCAAGGUCGAGGUGGGCCGAUGGGCCGUGGGGGAUUUGGGGGUGGAAGAGGUGGUGGUGGUUUUCCAGGCAACAAUGGUGGCGGCAGCGGUGGUGGUGGUGGCCAGCAAAGAGCAGGAGACUGGAAAUGUUCAAACUCAACUUGUGGUAAUUUGAACUUCUCAUGGCGAAAUGAGUGUAAUCAGUGCAAAGCUCCCAAACCGGAAGGAAGUGGAGGAGGAAUGGCACCGAUGGGAGGUGGUUUUGGUGGAGACAGAGGUAGAGGCGGUUUUGAUCGAGGUGGUUUCCGCGGCCGUGGUGGCGAUCGAGGGGGCUUCAGAGGAGGGAGGGGAGGUGACCGGGGAGGAUUUGGACCCGGCAAGAUGGACUCAAGAGGUGAACACAGACAUGACCGCAGAGACCGGCCUUACUAAUGGGAAAUUCUCUUUUGUCCAAAUAAGACUUUAAUUCAGUGUGGGACCAGUAUUUACUCCACUUCAACAUGUAUUACCUUGUUGCUCAUGUUUUGUGUUGUAUGUUGUUAAAACUAUCGUUUUUGUUUUAGUUCUGGUAAUAUUAUUAUUAUUAUUAAUAUUUUUUUCUCUCUGUAUUCUGAUAUUCUUAAUCAUGAAAUUUGUGUUUUUCCUUUCUGAAUUUGUUGGUGUUUCGGUCAGUUGUAAUAUUUGUGCAAUUUAUUAAAUGUACUUUCUUUGACAUUUGUUUGAAAACUGGUUUAAAAUGAAAAAUGUAUGAAAAAUA